AUGGAGAAAAACGAGCUCGACGUUCAUGUUUCUCAGAAUAACGUUGCUUUGGAGGCAAUGGUCUCUCAAUCUGGGAACCAGCUUUCUCAAAAUAAGCAAGAAGUUGACUUGAAUGCCAUCACAUCUAACCCUAUAUCUUUGGGAGAAGUUGGCAAGCAAUUUUCGAUGGAGGAGAAACAUAUGAUCUUGCGUAGGUUAGACAUGGACACCCUUGACGAUGACAGUGACUUGCCAGUAACAGCCACUUUUAUGAUAGAGCAAAUUCAAGGCUUGUCAUUGGAAGAGUCUAUCAAAAUAAUGAAAGAAACGCUUGUUGAGCAUGAGGGUGAUAUCAACUUUUCAAGCGAACUUGAAAACCAUUUCAGGAAACUAAUAGCAAUUUCCGAUGGGCAAACUGGUGAUUCGCUGCCGAUAGAUUCGAACGCUAAUAGUAAGGAAGCAUUUGUUGAAACAGUUAAAGAGAAGAGUUCUGGUACUGGUUCUAGCUCCAGCCUUGCGGAAUCUCUCACUGAUUAUGAAUCUUACGAUUGGAAGUUUCAAGCUAGAGUUGAAGCGGGUCUCGUCGCUUUUUGGUCCCCAUAUCAAGAAGUUAGAGCUGUUACGACUCCCUUUGACGACCCUAACGAACCUUGCGAAACUUUGAGGGCAUACAUGGUUGCUAUAGUAUGGCAAGCCAUUGGUACUUUCAUCAAUACUUAUUUUUACGCAAGGCAACCUAGUAUAUCCUUUACUGCUGAUAUUGGUCAAGUUUUCAUAUACCCAUGUGGUGAGGCAUGGUCAAAGAUCAUGCCUGAUUGGACCAUUCCUCUACCUAAGGGAUAUCUGAUCCCUAUUAAUAAGGGACCAUGGACUGAAAAGGAGCAAAUGUUCACAAGUUUGAUUUACUUUGUUGCAGGUUUGGCCAAUAAUAUUUAUAAAAUUAUUUUUGUUCAAAAAUCCAAGCAAUAUUUGUAUACAAGCUGGGCAGAUUGGGGAUAUGAAUUACUUCUUGGUAUUUCAUCAUCGUUCAUGGGUUUGGUAUAG